AUGAUACUCGUGCUGACGUAUGCGAUCUGUUGGGCACCAAUGAACAUUCACAAUGUCCUCAGCGGUUUUGAAGUCAUCUCCUACUCACAAUAUAGGUAUCUGUUCUGCCACCUGGUCGGUAUCUCAUCAGCGUGCGUGAAUCCGAUUACGUACGCACUGGUGAACGAAUCGUUCCGCAAUGCCUUGCAUCAUAUGUUCCUGUCAUUUCGACCGUGCUAUGUGACUUCUGGUGAUUCAGGCAGCUCUUACAUCACAAGCAGCAAACCGGCUAAAGUUGCAGUUCGUGAUGGAUACUCGACCAGAUUCGAACUGCCGACAAAGCACGAAGAUGCUCUUGAACCGCUCGACCAUUCAGCUCUUUGA